ACAUCAAAUGGUCUAAUUAUUCCAGCCGGCGCACACAUCGUGCUUCACCCAUCUGACGAAAUCAAGAUUAGGUAUACAUCGAGCAAUCUGAGGUACGUACAUGUCAUCGAUCGAAUUAUUCCAGCCGGCUCACGCUCCUCUAAGAAAUCCAGACAAGGUGGCCACGUUUCGGGUAAAGGAACUCAAGGAUGUUCUGACUAAACUUGCUCUGCCAAAGCAAGGAAAGAAACAUUGCCCCAUAUCAGAAGCUUGAAGACGAGUUUCAACAAUCCUCUCCAAGAACUAAGAACCUAUCACCCAUGGAAGACACCAGAGCUAAUCCGCAGCCUCAACAGCCCAAGGCAAAAAAGAGGCAGCUUGACCUGGCGCACUUGCAGAGCACUCCUUACUACAAGAUGAGAGCCAUUGUUAAAGAGCUUCGACCCCAUAUCAUUCAGGUUCUUCGCACUCCUGACUUUCGCAAUUGCAAGGCAGCUACUGAAAUUCGUCAAGAGCUAGCCGUUCUCAUGGAUCUUUGCAAAGAGAUGGCUACAGAAACCACGACAGCGCCAUCUAAUCCCAAGGACACAGUUGAAGGUUUGAAGCCCAGCGCCACGCAUCAGAAUAUAAAAACUGCAGAGAAGCCGCCGCUGCCGCCAACAACAACUAAUAAUAAGCCUUCUGAAGAUAAGGCGGCGCCGGGAAAUCUCCCCCAGUGGGGCAGUGACGCCAUUGCCAAGGGUACGUAUAGAGUUGGGGGGUCAGCGUUUGGCUGGAAUUUUAUAUACUAUCCUGGAGGUACGUCAGUGUACUAUGGGAGGACAAAAGAGUCAUUUCGGUCUGCAAACCCUAAGUCUCAAUGAGCUAGCUUUGAUCCUUGGAUUUGGUAAGACAUUUGAGAGUUGUCAAAGAAUUCUGUUUUUUUUUUAUUUUUGUUACUGAACUGUCCAUUUCAAGAAAUGCUAAGCAGGGAAAUAUUAGUGGGUCUCAUUGGUGAGUGUUUGGUCAAUUGGUUCUUUACCUUUGCAGUUUGGAGGGUGGGUAUUUAUUACUCCCCGAAUUGCAAAAUAUUCUCAUAAAAUUUUGGUUCUAUU